UUUAAUGAGCCGUCUAUGUCUGGUUAAUCGGGUUUACCAAGGGUGAUUAAAUGCCGAACCGGGCGAGGCCGUGGUCUCGCGAGACGACGACCACGGCUCGUGCUCCCAGAAGUAGCGACGACACCGUCGCCGGUUGUACGAGCUGCGGAUUGAAGCGACGCCCCCCAUAUGGAUUGAGUGCGAAAUCAGAUGCCUGUGUCCGCCCCAUGCCACACCGCAGCUACCGCAUCGCUCUCCGGCCGACCGGCCGGCCGCCAUCGCUCCACGCUCCGGCUGCUCCCCGCCCCCGCCGCUCCGCCCGCUCCGGCUUGCCGCUGUGCCGCUUGCAAUCCGCCCGCUCGCAUGUAAGCUACAGCACCGUCCGGCUUGCAUGCUGCCUAGCUGACUGCUCUGCUGUCCGGCCGCCUGACGCUGCGGAGAAGACCGGCGGAGAAAGCACGGGACGAGAAAGAAAGAGACCGGUGGUUGAGAGAGAUCGAGAACAGGAGAUAGAGAUAAGUGCUGGUGGCAUGGCUAAGAUGCAGUCAAGUUCCAAGGAGCAAGAGGUUCAUAAAGUGGCAGGCAAAUCCCGUGAGCAGAGUCCCCUGAAACAAGGGUCUGUUGAUGAUGAAGACUCUGGUAGUACCACCCCCUCUGCUGGUGAAAACAGGUAUCCUGGUUGGCCUGGAACCAGUGUCUUCAGGAUGCUGAUUCCUUCACAUAAAGUCGGUGCGAUAAUUGGCCACAAAGGAGAAAGGGUUAGAAGGCUGUGUGAGGAAACAAAAGCCUGUGUCCGAAUUAUAGGUGGCCAUCUUUGUGCGGCAGAGCAAGCUGUAAUAAUUUUCGGAAAGGAGCAGCCUGAUGCGCCAUUACCUCCGGCCAUGGAUGCACUACUAAGAGUAUAUCAGCAAACAAUUAAAGAUGAUGAUUUAGAUUUGGGAUCCAAUAGUACAAUUGUGACACGGAUUCUUACACCAAGUGAACAGGCAACAAGCCUUAUUGGUGAGCAGGGUGUGAUGAUAAGUUCAAUCAUGCAAUCUUCUCAAACCAAUAUCCGUGUCCUUGAUGGUGACCUGCCGCCUGUUGCACUGGAAGAAGAUAAGGUUAUUGAAAUAUGGGGACUGCCUGCAGGAGUGCAUAAGGCUUUGGAACUUGUUGCUUCUCAUCUGAGGAAGUAUCUGGUUGAUCGGAGUGUCAUCCCAUUGUUUGACCAUCAUGUCCCUAUGCCAAUAUUGCACACGGACAUGCCUCCAUGCCACUACAUUGACCAUCCUGAUGGCCCUGUGCACGCAGUUAGUCCAGGCUAUCACUCUGUAUGUGCUGAAGAUUUUCAUUGUGAACUAUGGAGUGACACUUCCUAUUUGAGGGUCAGGCAUCCUAUCGAAAGUCUUCUACAUGCUGAUGCAUUUGAACACAGAUGGGAGACAUCUACAUCAUUCAGGCGAUAUCGAUCGGUUACACCACCAAACCAUGCUAGAAGUGCAUAUUGGCCAAAAGCAUCUUCACCUAUGGAGGCAUAUCAUUCAGCUCCUAUGAAAUUACAUUCACACUGCAACCUCAUACAUGGAUGGCAUGCAACUCCAAUUAGUCCAACAGCUUCUGUUGAAAGAAUUCGCUCCCUUAUAUCUGUGUAUGGACAACAAGCACAUCCACAGAGACAGACAUAUCAAUCAGAUGAAAUGUGUAAACAUCCACGCUUUGGAAAAUCUUUACAUGUAAGUGAAGCUCAUCCAACCAGGGUGUCUCCAUCAGAUGCAACUGAACUACCUCCAAAUACUGGUAUUUCUGCAUGUGGACGAGAAGCAUCUCCACCCUUCAGGAUGCGUCCACCAACUACUGUGGAAAAUCUUCUACACUGUCGUGUAUCUGCAUGUGGGCCAGAAGCACCACAACAUCAGACUCCGCCUUCAUCAACCAGUUGGUCUGCAGCAGUUUCUUCUCAGGUUAAGAAGAAGAUGCAAGUUCCAAUAUUCUAUGCUGAAGCUGUAAUUGGCCCAUCUGGUGAAAGAAUUGAAUAUAUUCGUCGUACCAGUAGGUCGAGCAUUUUGAUAAACAAUUCCGAGGAGAGCAUAAUGUCUAUUGAGAUCACUGGAAGUGCUGCAACAGAUGUUCUUACUGCAGAACAGCUGAUUAAGGAAUCUGCCUCUUUCUGCGAUGAAUGCCUUGCUGGUUUUGUUCAAAUGCUCAACAUCAGUCAAGUGCAUCGGCAGACAGGCUAAUAGCUACAAUCCUGGUGAUGUGGUGCUUUCCUUUUCCUUUUAAGGAGUAAUGCAUCAUGUUAUCUGUACUUAUAUCUAGAGCUUUUAUGCUGAAACAUUCCAUUUGAGAAUACCAGGUCAUCAAAAUGAUUCCUUGCUCUUGUUAUCGUUUAGAUGUGUUAUAAGUGCAUAUUUCAAUGAUGAACUGACAUUAAUAUUGGCCGAAGAAUGAGUCAACUCCUUUGUGACUAGUGUAAAUGGUGGCGGCUCCUAUUUACUUCUUCUGCAUACCAUCUUGUUUUCUGUAAUACUAGUUUUAGGCCGAUGCUUUAUAAUUACUCUGUUCGUGGUUAUCUGUGUUACAAACAUGGGCUUUUCACCUCUUGAUCAUUGUUUUCUUUUCUAGAACUUUAUGGCUGAAGCAGCUGCUGCCUCCCCUGGUCAUAGUUUCAACUUCAUUCCAUCAUAUUUGCCAGCAUCCAGAUCUCCCAUUGCUAAUAUUCUUACUACUGAGAAAAGCAGUGUCACUUUGCCAGAACAGCGCCU